CCAGGAUUGGUGACCACUGGCUUACAUCUUUGAAACAUGAGUGAAUAAAUAAUGACAGAAUUUACAAGGAUUUUUAAGCAUUUUUAAUAACAUAAUUUAUUCAUGCUUAGCUCCUAUUAGGUUGGCAAAUGGUGAUAACUCAUGUUCUGGACGAGUGGAGGUUCUUUAUAAUGGAACAUGGGGAACAGUGUGUUCAAACAACUGGGGUACUGUUGAUGCUGCAGUGGUGUGUAAAGAGGUUGGAUGUCCGACUGGUGCUGAAGCGAAAUUGUAUAACUACUUUGGACCUGGUGUAGGAACAAUAUGGAUGGAUAAUGUUCAAUGUACAGGCAAUGAAUCGUCACUGCAGGGGUGCAAGUUUCCUGGAAUGGCAUUAAACAACUGUAAACAUUCAUCUGAUGCUGGAGUCAUCUGUCGAGGUAGGAUAUUAUCCAGUGUUUCUUCCUUUGCAAAUUUCUACUCAAACCCUUCAAGUGAUUCAGGAUAUUUGUGAUCACAUACAAACAAUGAUCCUGUUUAAAGCAUAACUUCACUUACAGAACUAGAGCAGUCGGACCAGUUAACAAUGUAUUCUAUUUAUUUUGUCUGUAUUUAGUAUUAUAUAACAUGGCAUUAUUGUACUGUAAACCAGUUGUGGGAUUUGCAGAAAAUAAAUUACUAGAAUGACUUCAAAACAUUGACAUUUACUGAUGGUUUUCAUCCCCUCUCCUUUAGAUAUUAGACUGGUAAAUGGAUCUAAUCUGUGUUUUGGAAGAGUGGAGGUUUUAUAUAAUAAUCAAUGGGGAACCGUGUGUGAUGCUGGCUGGGAUUUAGCAGAUGCUGCAGUGGUGUGUAAUAGCAUGGGUUGUGGGACUCCUUUAGUAGCAGCGACUGGGGCUUUCUUUGGGCAGGGUUCAGGACCCGUGUGGCUGGAUGAUGUGAGUUGUUCUGGGAAUGAGUCAACAGUGGACAAUUGUCCAUCAAAGGCAUUGGGAACAAGUACUUGCACACAUGGACAAGAUGCUGGAGUCAUCUGUCAAAAUAUAAAGCUGGUGAAUGGUUUGAGUCCGUGUGAUGGCAGUCUUCAGAUUUUUGUUAAUAAUCACUGGGGUUCAGUUUGUCACACUGGAUGGGGUCUACAAGAUGCUACAGUUGCGUGUAGAACACUGGGCUGUGUUGGAGUUGUCGAGCCAGUGUCAUAUGUGGGUCCAUUUGUUGGGCCAAAAUGGAUGGAUAAUGUUCGAUGUACAGGAACUGAGAUGGUCAUGCAGAACUGUCCAUUUACCGGAUAUGGUGUUGGCAGAUGUGCAGAUGGACUUUAUGCUGGAGUUUUAUGCAACAGUAAGACUAUUUUUGAAACUUCUAUGUCACAGCUAAUGCAGUAUAUGUAUUAUGUAUGAGGCUGUCAUUCAGAUAUCUAACUUUUAAAAGACAGAUGGAUAGAGAAUCCCUACCCAAGUGCCACUGGUGCUGCUCCUUCCAGUGCCCUGCAUAAGUGUAGCGAAUAUCGGGCUGUUAAAAAAAUGAUUAUAGUUAUAUAGUUUUAUUCACCAAGUAAUAAAGAUGUGAUAUACUGUAGGUAGCAAUUUGAAAAUAUUAAACGUGAGCUUACUUGCAUGUUAACCAUUUACGCUUAAAGAAUUUAUCUCCACCAAAUCCAAUGAUCAAAUUAAUAAACAAG